AUCAAGUCCCACGUAAAUGUACACCAGCCACUGGCCAUGCACUUGAUUUUGGACUGAAGGCCAAUACCUUGAUCACAAAAAGUGCUCGUCUGUUAUAUACACUCUACCCAUCACAUAGGCUAGUUAUUCCAAGUCGGAAAGCUCAGAUCCCUGAGCUUUGUCCCGUUUACUAUCACACACACAUUUUCAAGCCAGUGUCCCAGAAUAUCAACGCUGGUGUCUCCUUUGAAGCAACACAUGCAAUUCAUAGACAGUGGCUGGUGUACAUUUACGUGGGACUUGAC